UUGAGGACAAGAUGCCCAUCAUGUGGCAUAUUCUAUAAUUUGUGGCCCGGAUUGUAUAGAAAUGCCCUGGCCGAUUUUGACACCCAGUCCGCCCCUGCUGAUUCUAGAUUUAGAUCAUACAAAGAAUCGGAAUCUAUAUAAGAGAUAUAAGAUUAGAUCUAGAUCUAUACAUAGAUCCGUCGAAGGAAUCGAAGUACAAUGUCAAGCAGCCAUGAUUCAGUCAAGUCACAGACUGUCGCCUGCGCUGUCAAAUUUUCUGAACUCUGUGGGCUAUUAGAAAAGAUACAAAAAACUCAAGGGAAUGAUAAGAAAAGAAAAGUGCUUCAGGAUUUCAUUGAGAAAUGGAGAGCAUGCCACAAUCAACUGCACACAAAUAACUCCAGCAUUAAUGACUCAUUUCACCCUGCUAUGAGGUUGUUACUUCCCCAUCUUGAGAGAGAAAGAGUUGCUUAUGGCAUUAAAGAGCAUACGUUAGCCAAGCUCCUUAUUGAACUACUGUGCCUGGGUCAAGAUAGUCCAGAUGCUCAAAGACUUCUAAAUUACAAGGCUCCCAAAACAGCACAAGCACAAGCUGGAGACUUUGCUAAUGUUGCAUACUUUGUUCUCAAAAAUCGCUGCCCCAAUAAAGGAAGUCUAAGUAUUUCUGAUGUCAACAGAGACUUAGAUGCUAUUGCUAGUGGAAAUGCUGCCAAAGCUAAAGAAACUGUGCGCAAGCACCUGAUGCAUCUAUUAACAUCCCUCAAUGCCACAGAAAUUAAAUGGCUUAUACACAUGAUCUUGAAAGAGCUAAAGAUAGGGUUGAGUCAAGCAUCUGUGCUGAAUGUCUUCCAUCCAGAUGCAGAGGAGCUUUACAAUGUUAACAACAGUUUGGAAAAGGUUUGUGUUCAACUUCAUGAUAUCAAGACAAGAGCUUAUGAAAUUGGAAUUGAAGUCUUCUCUCCAUUUACACCAAUGUUAGGAGAAAGAGCGUCUCCAGAUAAGGUAGAAAAACUGAUGGAUAAUAAACCUUAUCUGAUAGAGACCAAGUUUGAUGGGGAGAGAGUUUUACUGCACAAACAUGGAGAUGAAUACAAGUUUUUCUCUAGAAGUGGUAUGGAGUACACCCAGGUGUUUGGCUCCAAUCCAUAUGAAGGGACAUUGACCCCAUACAUUUCAAGGUGCUUCAAGUCUAAUGUCCAGAAGUGUAUUUUAGAUGGUGAAAUGAUGGGCUAUCAUGCAGCUACAAAAACAUUUGGAACCAAAGGGGAACAGUUUGACAUUAAAUCAAGAGAUGUUUUGGAAAGAACUGGUUACCAACCUUGUGUGCAGGUUUUCGAUGUGCUUUUGCUGAAUGACAAAGUCUUGACCAAUACCCCAUUGAGAGAAAGGCUUAGUCUCAUUGAUGAUGUCUUCACUCCCGUAGAAGGAAGAAUUGUGAAAUCUGUUUACAAAGAGGCUCUUACAAGACAAGAUUGUGCCGAUGCCUUAAAUGAAGCCAUAGACAACAAAGAGGAGGGCAUUAUGGUGAAACUUGCAGACAGUGUCUACAAACCAAAUACUAGAAAAGGUGGAUGGUUCAAAAUCAAGCCUGAAUACAUUGGUGGUCUGAUGGAUGAACUUGACCUUCUAGUUGUGGGUGGAUACUUUGGUGUUGGAGAGAGGGGUGGGAUGGUCUCUCAUUUCUUGUGUGCUGUGGCUGAGCCAGUGUCUGAUGGAGAGAUGCCAACAAUAUUUUUCUCUUUUUGUAAGGUUGGGUCUGGCUACAGUAAGAAGCAAUUGAAAACUUUUAAUGAGCUACUGUCAGAACACUGGCAGGUAUACAACAAAUCCAAACCUCCUAAGCAUUUAGAACUGGCCAGUGGGUUUAAAGAAAAGCCUGAUGUUUGGUUACCACCUGACAAAUCUAAAAUACUGCAGAUCAAGGCCACAGAAAUUAUAGAAAGUGAUCGUUUUAAAACUGGAUGCACACUGCGUUUUCCUAGAGUAGAGGUCAUCAGAGAUGACAAGCCUUGGUUUCAGUGUAUGACAACAUCUGAACUUGAGGACUUACGACAGAAAUCUGGUGGUAAAUUGGCUGGAACUAAAUAUGAAAUGGGAGCUCUAGAUGAACCAAUCAAGAAAAAGAGAAAAGUAGUCAGCCAUAGCGUGCGUCCAACACUUAUGGCUCAGUUUAAAGGAGCUGACAUAUCCAAUAUCAAGCAGAUUGGUCAAGUUCUAGUGGGAAAGGAAUUCUGUGUGAUUGACGGACCCAGCAAUUUCCCAAAACAAGAAUUGGAGACCAAUAUUGUACAACUUGGUGGAACUGUAGUCCAAAAUCCUGAUGCUAACACUCUGUGUGUCAUUGCUGAUAAAGUGGCAGUCAAGGUGAAAAAUCUCAUCAAAACAAAUAAAUACAACAUUGUAAAAGUUGCAUGGCUUAUCAAAGUAAUUGAGACCAAAUCAUGGGUAGAUUGGUCACCAAAUGAUAUGAUACACAUGACUCAAAUCACUAAGAAAUUAAUGGAACAAAAUUAUGAUUGCUAUGGAGACAGUUAUACAGUGGAUGUGAAUGAAGAAGCACUGAGACAUAUCUUUCAAGGAAUGGGUGAAGAUAUCCCAGGAGUCUCACAAGAUGACAUCCGUGAAAUUGAAGAAGAAUACUUCCCAUAUGAUUCACCUUUUGGUUUAUUUAGGUCCUGCAAAGUGUAUAUUGAUAACAAACUAGUGCUGAGUGAUCCAGGGACUGCAAUACCAAACUGUUCACUGGACUUGUUGGAAUUAGAAUUGCGGUUCUUUGGUGCAGAAACUUCUGACCAAUUAGACUCAUCUAUCUCGCAUGUGAUUGUAGAUGAAAGUGACUUAAUGAGACUGCAUUCUCUGAAGGAAAAGAGACGCACCAAUGAUAGAAAGUAUCACAUUAUGACAGAGAAAUGGAUCAAGGCUUGCAUUGAGAAUGGAGACCUGUGUCCUGAAAGGACAUAUGAACUCUGAUAUCAACAUUCAUGUUAUUUCUUAGAAAGCUUAUAUCAACUCACUCUGACUGUCUUGUACAAUUUUUGUCUGUGUUAUUUCUCCAUCUUCCCAUUCCCAGUUGAAACUGUGCACAAUUAUUCAUUGCUGAUGACAACACAAAUCAAUAAAAAAAAAAUUAACAGAGUAGUUAAUUAUUGGUAAUUAAUUUUUUUGUUUAGUGUCCUUCAAGGAAAAGAACUGGUAAUUGACAGAUGUAGCGGUAUAAGUUGAAUUAGUCUCCUUAAUACACUGUAUAGAAAAUUAGGUCGUCGCUUAAGAGUUUGAAACUAACAAUAGAUAACUAACUUUAAAACCUAUUUUCAUAAACACUUCUCUGGCACAGUAGUUACUGUAUUGGCUUGAGGAGUCUUUAGCCCUCCAAUUCGAAUUGUUGUUCAACUUUUUUUAUAUCAAUUGCUUUUAAAAAGCUAUCUCAGAAACAUUCACCCAGAUACCUCUUCUUUCCCCUCCCUCUCUUUGUCUGGUCCAGACAAGCAAUUUUACCAUAGGUCAUUGAGCAAGCUAAAAGCAUGAAAUUGCCCUAAACAAAAGCAUUUGGUAAAAAUAUCUCUAAUCACACAAAUUUGUUAUUGUUAUUCUAUAUCUAUUACAAAUUAAUUGAUACUAUUACACUAAAUAUAAGCUUUGUUUUGUUUUGUUUUUUUUAGAUUUUUCUUGUUUUGUGAUAACUUCAGUAUUUUACAUUUUUUAAAAAUAUACAUUGUGACUUCAAAGAACUUGAGAGUGUAAACAAAACAGUCAUUCAUUCUGUAAGCUUGUUUCUGAUGGCUAGUCCUAAAUAUUUGUAAUUCAUAUUUUUAAUGAUUGUCUUUUUCUGUUAGAAAAAUAUUAAACUACAAAACAAUAAUGCAAUAAUUGCUGUAUAUAUGCUUUAUUGUUAAUAUUUAUUGAAAUAUAUGUACAUUUUGAAAGAUCAAUACUAAUAAACAAACUUAUCAAAA